AUGGCGGAGCUCUUCCCAGUUUUUUGCGCCGGCCACGCCCUCGGUCCUUCGCGGCUAGCUCUGCCCCCUCCUUCGGUGAGCGGCGUGUGGAGCCGGUGGCGCUGGCGGGCGACGGGGGCUCGCUCGGCGGGGGCGAUGGGCAGGAGUCCCGGGGUGGCGGCCGCGCUGUUCUACGGGGCGGUGGCGGCGCUGGUGCUGCUGGGGGUGCGGGACGUGCUGUUCGUGUACGAGGAGAACCGGUGCAGCAUGACCUACAUGUACGAGUACCCCGAGUACCUGAAAAUAAAACUACCUAAGAAAAUAUCCAGACGUUUUCCAGCCUAUGAGCUCUAUCUCUAUGGGGAAGGGAAUUACGCUGAAGAAAACAAAAAUCUGAUUUUGACAGGGAUUCCAGUUCUCUUCCUUCCUGGGAAUGCUGGGAGUUAUAAACAAGUACGUUCUCUUGGCUCUAUAGCACUUAGAAAAGCAGAAGACAUUGACUUCAAGUACCAUUUCAAUUUCUUCACUGUCAAUUUUAAUGAGGAGCUGGUUGCACUAUAUGGUGGUAGUCUGCACAGACAAACCAGAUUUGUGCAUGAGUGCAUUAAAGUAAUUCUUAAGCUGUACAAGGUAAGACGUGAGGAUCAAGAAUUUGCUCCAAGCAGUGUUGCAAUAGUAGGUCAUUCCAUGGGUGGUCUUGUUGCAAGAGCAUUGCUCACUCUAAAGAAUUUUAAGCCUGAAUUUAUAAACCUCCUCAUUACACAAGCCACACCUCAUGUUGCACCUGUAAUGCCUUUAGACAAAUAUCUUACUGAUUUUUAUACAGCUGUAAACAAUCAUUGGAUUUUAAAGGCCCAAGAUGUAAGAAAUCUAACUACCCUUUCUGUGGCGGGAGGAUUCAGAGAUUACCAAGUUCAUUCAGGACUCGCUUUUCUACCCAGAUUAAGUCAACAUAGCAGUGCCUUAUUUGUUGUGAGCUCAGCAGUACCUAGAACUUGGGCCUCAACAGACCACCUCUCCAUAGUAUGGUGUAAAGAAUUGGUCUUGGCUACCAUUAGGGCAUUUUUUGAUGUUAUUGAUGAAACCACCAAACAGAUAACCGAGGAUCCAAAGAAGAGAAUGUUAGUAUUGAAUCAUCACUUUGUGAGGCACCCAGCAAAGUUCUUUGAGGAAGGUCCUGAAACACUUACUGAACUUAAAGGAACUUUGAUUUGGAUUAAAAUCAAAUCCUCAAAAUGGACCUAUACAGUUUAUAAUGAAUCUGAUGGAAAAUAUUUCAUGUUUCCUCUUUCAAACCACAGAAAAACCUACAGUCAUGUCCACUGUCAAAACAGUAUGUUGGGUACAAGUAGCUGGAUUUAUGGCUGCUUAAACAGUAGUUCAUCUGUGUGCCUGGAAGGUUUUGAUUUAUCCUGGAAAGCUGAGUUACUGCCAACUGUUAAGGUUGUAACUCUGAAACUUCAGGAAUAUCCUGCUUUGUCCAAUCUUGUAAUUUAUGUACCAGCUAUUAAUGGCAAUAAGUUUACUUUGGACUGUGAAUUCUUUAAAGAGGAUUCCCGAACAGUACAACUUCCUGUAACACAUCUUUUUUCUUUUGGGCUUUCUUCAAGCAAAAUUGUAUUCAGUUCAGCUGGUCUAAUUUACAAUGUACAGCUCCAACACUUUUGCCAGAUAUACCAAGCUUUUAAUAUCUACAUUGAGAGCCACUGCAACCCACACAAAGGAAGGAAAACGAGUGUUUACAGACUCCAUGUACCAUGGUCACAUGAAGACUCAAUAACUGUCUCUAAAGUUCCAUCUUUUACUGAGAUUUCUGCAAAACUGCACAUUGCACAACCUGAAAAUGACAGCACUGUUGCAGUAUUAAAUAUUUAUUCAUCUGUAGAUUGUCAAUAUGAAGUCACCAUCAAGACCUCAUUCUCACAAGUUCUUGGGCAAGUAAUAAGGUUUCAUGGUGGUUCCCUUCCUGUGUAUGUUAUUUCUAAUAUGCUUCUUGCAUAUGGAGGACAGUUAAGCGCCUUAAUUUCAACAGGCCAAUGUUCAGAUUUUGUUCUUGCACUGGCUAGAGCAGCCAAACCCUACAAAGUGGACCCUAUUGUGAAUGUUGUUAAAUUUCUAUUGGGGUUUAACUGGUUUAAAGAUAUAUGGAAUGUAUUGUUUUUGCCAGAGUUGGAUGCUGUUUUACUGAAUAAGCGGGAUAUGUGGGACCCCCUUGUGUCCCUGAUUCUAUUUCUUUUUGGGACAGGAAUUGCCUACUGGGGUGGCAUACUCUUCUCUUCAUCUCUAAGGCUCUUUUCUUCAUUGUGGUUAUCUUUGACAAGACCCUCUGGACUUCCUAAAGACAGCAAGUUGAUGACACCAAGAAGAGCAUUUAUGGCCAUUCUUCUGAUUUUUGUUAGCUGUACCACUUGUGGGGCAUUUGCUGUAUUAAUUAUCUAUAUUCACUACAUGUUCAAGGUUAUUAAGCUACAUUCAAAUGUAAGAACAGAGCAAAAUGUUCUUAAUAUGGAUCCAAAGUACGCAAAAGAAACUUCAGAUAAUUCCAAUAAAGAGACAGUAAAGAACUGUGACUCAACAGAGACCAUUACAGAAGCAGCAGCUGCAUCACCCACUGCCAAUAGAGCUAUUGACAAUGUUGUAAACAGUCUUAAGAUACAUAUUACAAUCAUCAAUUUACUUACAUGGAUUGUGCUUCUCAGUUCACCGUCUUUAAUUUAUUGGUUUAAAAAUCUCAGGUACAAUAUUAGACUUGAUCCUGAUCCAUGUAGAACUAUGGCUAUUAUUCUUGUAUCCACUUUGGGAAUCCUCAUGAAUUCAAGUACCACUAAAGUAAAAUCAAGUAAACUGUCGAAAAUUGCAGCGCAACUUCCUCUCCCUUUGUCUGCAGCUGUGGUGGCCUUUGGACCAAUGCAUUUAUACAGAGCACCAUACUUUUCUGCUCAUCUCUCCAGCAUGUGGAAAGUGGCACUUCUGGUUCUGUGCACUACGCUUACUCUGAGGGGGUUGGCAAAGGGGGCUCCGCUGAGGCCAGAAGAAAAAUGGAAACCUCUGAACAAUCCCAGAAACCGAGAUCUGUUUUUCAGGACACUCCAGGCUUAUUUUUCGGGAAGAGGUCUUGAUCUGAGAAAGUUCCUAGAUACUUUCUCCAUGAAUAAUGACAGACCCAGGCCUGUAGCGAUCUACUCGGAUCCUACUGCUUCUGCAUUUGCAGAUUAUGAAGAAAAGAAAAAAAUAUUUCAAAACUACUUCAAAGGCUGAAAGAAGCUGCUGACCAAGGUGGUUGCUUUUGGACUUCAUGUGAAUUGGAAGCAUACACGGCAAAAUGUUACUGCUUUGGGGUUUCUAACUUAUCUGACAAUUUAACAUUUUCUUCAGCAUCUGAGUCUUUACAUACACAAAUCUGACAUCUGGCUGUAAUUGCCAUAUUUGCUCACUUUUCAGGUGGUGAGGUAUGUAUGGUUGUGAAGAUUGGUUUGACAAGAUUUUACUUGUUGAAAUGUAAAUGAAUGAAAAGUUCAAUCUGAUGUAGUUUGUCCGACUAUUCCUAAUUGUCUUUGUCAAGGAAUGUAAAUAAAUGUUACCUUUUAAAUUUA